AUGCGGGACCGCUGCUUCUUCCACUUCUUGGCUCCUGGCUACUUUCUGCGUUGGCUGCUGCUGCUGCUGCUGCAGCUUCUGCUGCUGCUGCUGCUGCUUGCUGGAGAGCAGCAUGCAGCUGCGCUCGCAGCAAGCCUUUCACGCCCACCAAGGGGCUGCUACCUCUCUUCCUUCAUAGCCACGGGUAGACAGCAGCAGCAGCAGCACAGGGGCUGCAAGGAAGGCCCAUCGUUUCUGAAGAUUCCUGCUUCUGCUGCUGCUGCUGCUGCCGCUGUGAGGAGGCCAGCCCAGGGGUUGGGGGCCCGGCUGGUUCUGGUGGCAGCAGAGCAGCAGCAGCAGCAGCAGCGGCUUGUGCGCACGCGGGUUGCCGCUGCUCACAUGGAUGAGCCCGAGGAUAUGGAGGAGCUGCUGCAGCAAAGUUUGCUGCAGGAGCAGCAGGAAGAGAGAGAAGACCCCGCGGAAGUAGCAGCACGCAGCAGCAGCAGCAGCGAGGGCUUCUACGGCUUUGAUGAGGGGGAGGAGGACUACCAGGAAGCUACGGAGAGGCUGCUGCCGGCCCGUUUCGCAGCAGCAGCAGACGAAGAAGCAGCAGCAGCAGCAGCAGCAGCAGAAGAUCUGGGGGAGGCUGAGGCGCUCAGACAGAAGCAAGUGGGGGCCGCAGCAGACAGCACCGACGACGCAGCAGCAGCGGAGGCAGCAGCAGCAGCAGCAGCAGACGAACAGCAGGAAUGGCUGCCUCCUUCGCAGACAGCAGCAGCAGCAGCGCGGCGGGCGGCGCUGCGCGCGCUGCAGCAGCAAGCAGCUGGGACAGCUAGCCACGCCUGGCUGCCCCCGCAGCUGCAGCAGCAACAGCAAGACUUGGAAGCAAGACAUAAAAGAGAAGGACUUCCUCCCCCCAGGGCCCGCACAGUGGACCAGCUGCCGGUCAAGGCCCUGACCAUUGGUCAAGACACCAUUCUCUACCGCCAGGUGCGCAGAAGGCCUCUAGCUGCGGUGGACAGCUAG